CUUCUUACAAUUAUCUUAAUUCAAGUGGUAGUAAUUAUUAUUCAACUAUAUAGUUUUAAGCAAGAAAAAAAAAAUGGGAUUGAAGGCAUUUUUGCUGAUUGUCAUGGCUAUUUUUCUUGUGAUAACAUCAGAGGUUGCAGCUAGGGAGUUGGCUCAGAGCUCCACCACUUUCGUGGAAAAUGGACAUGCAAAUGACGCCAAAUUUCUAGGAGUAGGACCAUGAUUAGGAGGAGGACUUCCAGGAAUCGGAGGAAGAUUUCCAGGAAUGGGAGGAGGAAGAGGACUUCCAGGAAUGGGAGGAGGAAGAGGAGGACUUCCAGGAAUCCGAGGAGGUGAAUUUGGAGGAUUUCCAGGAGGAGGAUUUCCUGGUGGCCCUGGUACUGGUGAAUAUGGUGGCGGCCGUGGAUAUUAUGGUGGUUUUCCUAGAGGAGGAUAUGGUGGAUAUCCUAGAGUUGGUGGUUAUGGAGGAUAUCCUAGAGGUGGUUGGUAUGGAGGAUGGCCACGCAACUAAUUAAUUAAUUACUAAGGAAUAUAUGUGAAGAAUAUUCAUGGUGGCUGUUUUUAUAUUUUGUGUGUUCUACAGUUUUAGUAAAAGUUUUGUUGUUGGAAGUAUGAAUAAAUGCAUCAUAAAUCUCCAUUCACUUACUACCAUGGAUGAGAACAACUAUGCAAUAUGUUUCAUUAAAUAAUAUAUGAGAACUUACUUAUAUGCGUCUCUUUCCUUUUA